AUGGUGUACGAUCCUAUACGAGACUGCGAGGUACCUUCGCCAUCAGUCGUGAAGAAUGAUCCGUUCAAAUACCCUACACCACCAUCAGGAUACGGAGGAGGAUAUGAUAGAGACAGGGAUGAAGUGGUGUCUAAUGGGGGAAGACCAUCGUUAACUCAGCAUUCGUCAUCAUACUCUCCACCACCUCCUGCCGGACCUGGACCAAGUAAUCUUAGAGGACUGUUGAAUGAUGGGCCGACGUCAGAGUCGAGGAGAGGGAGCGAUAGGACAGCCUCGAUAUCUUCCAUGCCUGAAGAAGGAGAUGAAGGGUCAGGAUCAUCUAGACCGCACAUCCACCGAUUACUCAAUAACACCUCUACUCAACCCGUAUCAAAAACCAAUUCCAAUUCCUCUCUACCCAGAUCAUCACCCUCGAACCCAUCUCCUGGCUCAAGAUCCCACAUGUUAGAUCCAAAUGGCUUCCUGACUCCUGCUACCCCCGCAUCUGCAUAUCCCAGAUCAAGAUCAACGACAUCGAGAUCACCUCAUCCACCAACACAGAUGAGCCCUCAACGAGCCUCUGUACCUUUACCUUUGCAACAGAGUCACGAUCAAGGUUAUCCACCACAGUAUGGUGAACCCUCGCACACUUACAGGACAGAUUCGACAGCAUCACUCGUAGGUCAGAGACCAAUGUUACCACCCCAGCAACCUAUACAUCCACAUGAGAUGUACGGUUAUGAACAACGUACACCUGGGGGCGGACCAUAUCAGAAUUUACCUAUGCGUUCACCAUCUAUCUCAGUCUCGCCAAGGAGUCAACAUCAGUCAUUACCUCAUACUUCUUCUCGACCUGGAUCCGCAUCCAGCGCAUCCCAUCCAUUCGGUUAUCAACCCUUUCCCCAAGCUACGGCGAUUUCCCCUUCCACUUCCACCAGGAGAUUAUCAGAGGAUCAAAAUCGACCCACUUCAUCGAGUUCAGCCAGUGGAAGACGUUACACCGAUCCUAAUGCUCAAAUUCCCACUCCCGCUCGUAGAUCGAGCCAAACUUCCAUUACUGGAUAUCCCGCACCGCGCUUAACACCUAUACGAUCCCCCUCGCCCAUUGUUAGAGGUAUACCCUAUAAUCCUAGUAGACUUAGUGCUCCCGGAAAUGUGACUAGACCUAUCGAAGCGGAUGAAUUGGCAUAUUACAGGAGCAUGUCACAGCAGAAUAAUCCUUUAAGGAAGAGAAAGGCGAAAAGACCUUUACCAUCUUGGUCUGGACCUUCGCCAGGACCCAGAUCGAGUUUCCCAAAUGAAGAAGGUACUUCGUAUUUCCCACCUCAACAGAAUCAGAACGAAGAUGAUCCAACAAGGUACAAUAGAUCUCAGAGUUAUGUGGAUGAUAGAGCUUCGAUAGGUCGACAUCCCUCUGUGACACCCACACCUGGAUCUGCAUAUGGCGGAGGAGGACAUGGAGCUUACCCCCCUGCGUUCGAUGAUCCGUUGGCGACUCCCGGAGCACCCCAUAGAGGAGGCACACUGACAAAAGGCAGGAGACCUACUGGAAAUGGUGUGGAAAAUCACUUGAAGAGACCUAGCGAGAGGGACGAAGACGAAUAUAAUGGACACGAUGUACAGAGAAGGAAGGUUAGUGAGAGGCAAUAUGUUGGAAAUAAUGCUGCUGUAGCAGAUCAUUAUAACUCUCGACCGGAAGUUGGCGUCGAAGGAAGAGAGUUCUCACCUAUAAUAGGCUUGAAGAAGUUCAACAACUGGAUCAAAUCGGUGUUGAUCGGUAAAUUCGCUCAUAGACCCCAGGGGAAGAUACUGGAUAUAGGUUGUGGGAAAGGCGGGGAUUUGAAUAAGUGGAAACAGGCUAGAAUCAUGUUAUAUGUUGGAUUAGAUCUCGCCGAAACGUCUGUUCAACAAGCUGCGGAAAGGUAUCAGAGGAUGCAAGGUCGAUUUGAUGGUUUCUUCUUCGCCUAUGAUUGUUUCUCUAAACCCCUCGGCGACAUCUUACCUGAACAGUUACAACAGAAAGAUCUCUACGAUAAUGUGACGAUGCAGUUCUGUAUGCAUUAUGCAUUCGAAUCCGCUUCGAAGGUUAGAAUGAUGAUCGAGAACGUAUCGAGGUAUCUGCGUAAAGGAGGGAUAUUCAUUGGUACUAUCCCCAAUGCAGAGCUCUUGUUAUCAAAGCUCAAUGAAUUACCUGAAGAUGACGAAGAACUCAGAUUUGGUAAUUCAUGUUAUUACGUCCAAUUCUCAGAGAGGAAACACAAGGGUAUAUAUGGACAUCAAUAUCGAUUCUUCUUGAUGGAUGCGGUAGAGGACGUUCCUGAAUAUGUUGUAGAUUGGGAAAAUUUCGUCAACCUCGCUAUGGAAUAUCGACUUCGUCUGAUAUACAAGAAACCAUUCCAUGAUAUUCUUCAAGAAGAGAAAGAGUCCCGUGAUUUUGGUCCUUUGUUGGGUAAGAUGGGUGUGGUGAAUGAUCAGGGGGAAAGUUCGAUGGAUGAAGAUCAAUGGGAAGCGGCGAAUCUCUAUAUGGGCUUCGCAUUUGAGAAGAUAUAG